AUGAGCGGCCGUCAAGGAGGCAAGGCCAAGCCGCUGAAGGCGCCCAAGAAGCAGAUCAAGGAGCUCGACGACGACGACCUGGCCUUCCAGAAGAAGCAGAAGGAGGAGGCUGCCAUCAAGAAGGCCGCCGCCGACGCUCUGCGCGCCAAGAAGAAGUGA